CGACAUUCUGGGAUGUCUCGAGAGUCAAGCGAGAGGAGGAGAGAGAGAAAGAGAGAUGACAAUAAACCAUUUGAGUCGCCAUCUGAGGGGAUGAUACGCUCGCAAACUCGUGGAUGGAUGGACGGACAUAUAGAGAGACAGGGAGAGACAGACUGAGAGAGAUACAGAGAGAAAAAGAGACAGAGUUGGUGUCCUUUACGCACAGAUCUUUGUCGUGAGGACUGCAGACUGUUUCUGCAACUUUUGUAUCUAAAUCUUAGUUUGAACUCCAGUUUAAUGACUUUCUUUGAGUGUCUGCGGUUGCGUGUGUCCGCUCUGGUUGCUUGUUACUAAAUGCUGCGGCGCUGUUGCUCCUGCCUGUCAUUGGUUCUGGAGAAGGUAUUUAUUUCAAGAUAACCGUUUGUCUCUCGGUGCAUUAGUUUUGGACGGGUUUUAUCGUCUAUCCGGACGGACAUGUCGGGGCAGAAACCGUCCUUGAAGAGCGGCGGCUCCUCUCAGAGCCGCUUCCAGGUGGAUGUGGUUACAGAAGCAUCAUCCACACCGCCCACAGCGGCACCGGUUCCUGCCCCGGCCUCCACCGACGGAUCGAGGCCACCUGACGAGUCCAAAGGCCGGUUCAGGGUGGUGGGGUUCCUGGAUUCGGGCGCGCUGGGCAGCGCGAUGGACAUCGGGCUCCCGCCUGAUGUCUCUCACGAGCCGGACACGGCGAGGAGCGACUCGGUCAGCCUCCAUUCAACGGGCACGGGACAUACUCACAUCUCAGACUCCCACUCCAACACCUACUACAUGAGGACCUUCGGGCACAACACCAUAGACGCAGUGCCCAACAUCGACUUCUACCGGCAGACUGCUGCGCCUUUCGGCGAGAAGCUGACCAGACCGACGCUCUCGGAGCUGCACGAUGAACUCGAUAAAGAGCCAUUUGAGGAUGGUCUGGCCAAUGGAGAAGAGCCAUCAGCAGCUGAGGAGGCUGCAGCGGCCUUGGCAGCUAAGGAGGCGAAAGGAGGAACUGUCAAGUUUGGUUGGGUCAAAGGAGUCUUGAUCCGCUGCAUGCUGAAUAUCUGGGGUGUGAUGCUCUUUAUCCGAAUGUCUUGGAUUGUUGGACAGGCUGGAAUCGGACUGACCAUUGCUAUCAUUCUGAUGGCCACUCUGGUCACCACAAUCACUGGUCUGUCUACCUCUGCCAUAGCAACCAACGGCUUUGUACGAGGAGGAGGAGCGUACUACCUGAUCUCCAGGAGCCUGGGGCCAGAGUUCGGAGGCUCCAUCGGUCUCAUCUUUGCUUUUGCCAAUGCCGUGGCUGUGGCCAUGUAUGUCGUAGGCUUCGCAGAGACAGUCGUUGAGAUGCUUAAUGAUGUUGAUGCUUUGAUGACUGAUCAGCUAAAUGACAUUCGCAUCGUCGGGUGUCUGACAGUCAUUCUGCUGCUGGGAAUCUCUGUAGCUGGCAUGGAGUGGGAAGCCAAGGCUCAAAUUGUCCUCCUGGUGAUCCUGCUGGGAGCCAUCUUUAACUACUUCAUAGGAAGCUUCAUUUCAGUAGAAAGCAAAGAGCCCAAAGGAUUCUUUGGCUACCAAACUGCAAUCUUCUUAGAGAACCUGGGUCCAGACUUCAGAGACGAGGAAACGUUCUUCUCUGUGUUUGCCAUUUUCUUCCCUGCAGCCACUGGGAUCCUGGCUGGAGCCAACAUCUCUGGAGACCUCACUGACCCUCAGUCAGCGAUCCCUAAAGGUACCCUGCUGGCCAUCCUCAUCACAGGAAUCACCUACGUGGCUAUUGCCAUCUCUGCAGGUUCCUGCAUUGUCCGGGAUGCCACCGGUGACCACAACGACACGGUUAGCGACACAGUGAACUGUACCGAUGCCGCCUGCACACUGGGCUAUGACUUCUCCAUCUGCAAGGAGGGAGGCUGUCAGUACGGCCUGAUGAAUGACUUCCAGGUGAUGAGUCUGGUGUCCGGCUUUGGUCCUCUGAUCACUGCAGGGAUUUUUUCAGCCACUCUAUCCUCUGCUCUGGCCUCGCUGGUCAGCGCACCCAAAGUCUUCCAGGCUCUGUGCAAGGACAACAUCUAUCCAGGGCUGAUUGUGUUUGCGAAGGGUUAUGGGAAGAAUAACGAGCCUCUCCGUGGUUACGUCCUGACCUUCUGCAUUGGCCUCGCCUUCAUCCUCAUUGCCGAGUUGAACAUCAUUGCCCCCAUCAUCUCAAACUUCUUCCUGGCCUCAUACGCUCUCAUUAACUUCUCCGUCUUCCACGCCUCCCUGGCCAACUCUCCAGGGUGGCGUCCCAGCUUCAAGUACUACAACAAGUGGGUGUCCCUUGCUGGGGCGAUCCUGUGCUGCGUGGUGAUGUUUGUCAUCAACUGGUGGGCAGCUCUGGUCACUCUGCUCAUCGUCCUUGCUCUCUACAUCUAUGUCAGCUACAAAAAACCUGAUGUGAACUGGGGUUCGUCCACUCAGGCCCUGAUCUACAACCAGGCUCUGACUCACUGUCUGAACCUCACUGGCAUCGAGGACCACGUCAAAAACUUCAGACCGCAGUGUUUGGUGCUGGCUGGCUAUCCAAACUCUCGCCCUGCUCUGCUUCAACUGGUUAAUUCUUUCACCAAGAACGUCGGCCUCAUGGUCUGCGCUCACGUCAGGACGGUGUCCCGUCGGCCAAACGUUAAGGAGUUGUACCAGGAUCGCUCUCGCUGCCAGCGUUGGCUUAACAAAAAACGGAUCAGGGCCUUCUACAUUCCUGUUUUUGCCGAAAACCUGCGGCAUGGGGCCCAGUUCCUCCUGCAGGCUGUCGGUUUGGGUCGUCUGAAGCCCAACACUUUGGUCAUGGGUUUCAAGAACAACUGGAGUGAUGCAGACAUGAGAGAUGUGGAGAUUUAUAUCAACACUAUACACGACGCCUUUGACCUGCAGUUUGGGGUAGUGAUCCUUAGGCUGCAGGAUGGACUGGAUAUCUCUCACAUCCAGGGACAAGAUGAGCUACUGUCGCCCCACGAGAAGCCACCAAUUGGCAGCAAGGAGGUGGUGGUUUCUGUCAGUCUGGCUAAAGACUCAGACUCGGAUUCCUGUCCUUCCAAAACCACCAGCAACCAGAGCAGCCCGCUCAUCAUGAGAGAGACCAAAUCUCCUCUGAGUCUGACCGACCAGCGUCUGUUGGAGACCAGCCAGCAGUUUAAGAAGAAACAGGGCAAGGGAACCAUAGAUGUCUGGUGGCUGUUUGAUGAUGGAGGUCUGACUCUGCUGAUUCCCUUCCUGCUGACCAAUGGGAGCAAGUGGGGCGACUGCAGGAUCCGUGUCUUCAUCGGCGGGAAGAUCAACCGCAUCGACCACGACCGUCGAGUGAUGGCCACACUGCUCAGCAGGUUCAGGAUCGACUUCUCUGACAUCCACGUCCUCGGAGACAUCAACACCAAACCCAAGAAACACAAUAAGCUGAGUUUCAAGGAGCUGAUCGAGCCGUACAGGCUGAAGGAAGAUGACAUGGAGCAGGAAGCCGCAGAGAGGCUGAAGGCCCAGGAACCCUGGAGGAUCACUGACAACGAACUGGAGCUGUACAGGGCCAAGACCAACCGUCAGAUCAGACUGAAUGAGCUGCUGAAGGAACACUCCAGCUCAGCAAAACUCAUCGUCAUGAGCAUGCCUUUGGCCAGGAAGGGUACGGUGUCGAGCGCCCUCUACAUGUGCUGGCUGGAAACUCUGUCCAAAGACCUCCCACCUCUGCUGCUGGUCCGGGGGAACCAACAGAGUGUCCUCACCUUCUACUCCUAACACACAAGUGUACAGCGUCCACACACUCAUACUCUGUCUACUGGUCUCUGUGUAUAUUUAUUAAGGUAUUACACCGCCUGCGGCUGCCCAACAACAGAAAAUAUUAUCGUGUUUUGUGACACAGAUCUGGAACGAAAAGAAAAAGUGUUAAAGUCUAAUUCUGUGUUUUCCAUUUGGCUUAAUUUCAGUAAAUUUCUUUUGAUUCCUUAACAGAUUAAUCAACCCAAUCAACAUUACGAUGGCUGUUUCAUUAAUCUGCGACAAUAACAGGCUGUAUAUUCCCUGGCUGCUGUGUGUUUUACGUGAAUGAGAGUAACUACAGUAAAUAUUAAUGUUUUAAUGUUUAUUUAUAAUGAUGAAAUCAGGAUUUCAGAAUGUUUGUUGGUCUUUAGGUGACCUGUGAUUAUUAAGUGGUGUUUUCUUUCACUGGGUUUCAAGUAGCAAGUCACUGGCGACAUUAUGUUGUACAUUAUUUUAUUAAAAUAUUAACUAAACCAC